UACAAUGCCGUGGACUUCUCGUAUAGACAAAACAAUAUUAUGGAUCAAGGACAAAAAAAACCCAGCAAAUCUCGUUUUUUUGCACUUCAAUGAACCAGAUCAUACAGCCCAUUUUUACGGAAUUGGAUCUAAGGAAACCAAUGAAACACUCGCUAAAGUAGACAAAACAAUCAAGUACUUACUUGACCAAAUAAAAAAAGAAAAUUUAGACACUAAAAUGAAUCUAAUCAUACUCAGUGAUCAUGGAAUGGAUACAGUUACAUACGACAGAAUUAUUUAUUUAGAUAAAUAUAUUUCUAAUACAACGUAUACAAGCAUAUAUUCAGGUUCUAGCGUAUUUGUAAAACCAAACCCAGGUCAAUUUGACGAAGUAUAUAAGAAUCUCAAAAAUACGGCUAUCUCAUUGGGAACAUUUGACGUGUACAAAAAAGAAGAAAUACCAGAUCGUUGGCACAUGAAAAAUACGACCAGGUUAACAGGAAUUAUAUAUUUACUAGCUAAACCAGGUUAUGAGUUUUGGAGUGACUAUAUACAACGAAUUUUGGAUAAAUCAACCAAGGAGAAUUUCAGAAUGGGGAUGCACGGGUACGAUAACGUGGACCCUCAGAUGCACGCUGUCUUCAUGGCUUCGGGGCCGGCGUUCAAAAAAAACUUCACUGCCCGACCGUUCGACAUUAUCGAUGUGCACUCGCUCAUCAGCCACGUAUUGAAUCUAAAAGUGCCUGCGGCCAACCACAAGCAACCCAACAGUAACAUGAUUGAAGUUGAACAACUAUUACUGCUUCCGAAGUCUACACCAUUCGUUUAAAGUAUGGUACAGCUGAUCGUACACACUGGGUGAACGAUACAAAUGGUUUAAGAUCAACCAACAUCGUAAUAUUAUUAUAGAACUGUCAUGCUCCGUUAACGAAAUCAUCGUUCAUAUGUCAACUAUUGCACUAAUUAGUUCCCAGUUUAUUGAACAAUCAUAAAAAUAAAAACUAUUAAGAUUGUAA